AUGCGAUUUUUCAUCACCUUCGCGCUCUGCGCAGGCUUCGUUCUUUGUAGCCCCUUGGUGACAAGGAGCGACGAGAGAACUCCCGGUUUUCCAUUUCUAACUGGUGACCUUGCGAACGGCACCUGCUCUCACCCAGAAAAUGGAGCUCAGCUGGUUCAAUACUUCAAUAUUAACUCAACAGAUACCCAAGCUGCGUUAUGGAAGAUCUCCAACAGAAAAGAAAUUGUUCUCGGCAUCCCAGGCUCCGCAAGCCUCGAGGAUUACUUGACUGAUCUUGAUUUGGUGCUGGUAGCUUAUAAGUCGCCCAACGUGAACUGCACUAGCAAUUGCUUAGUUCAUCAGGGCAUUCUGAAUGCGUGGAAUUCACUAGCAUUAGCUGUUACAAAUGGCGUGACGGAUGCCUUGGCUGCCAACCCAGGCUAUAAUACGACAAUUAGUGGACACUCCCUAGGUGCUGGAAUUGCAGCUCUUGCAUUUGCCACGCUAAUGAAUGGUCCCUAUCGCGUCACGGGGGCGUACACAUAUGGCCAGCCAAGAACCGGAAAUCAAGCAUUCGCCAACUAUCUCGAUAGCCUCUCCGGAGCCUCUGAUACUGCGGCCGGCUCUUUUUACCGUGUGACACAUUCCAAUGAUAGCAUUCCGCAACUUCCUUCGACGACCUUGGGGUAUAGGCACUCUCGUACGGAAUACUGGGAGUCCGCUGAGGUCGCCAAUCAAUCGUCGACAUAUCGUUGCUACGGCCAAGAGCCAUUCGAUUGUGUCAAUUCAGCGGAUUCAGCCCUUGGCAUCUUGGACAAUCCCGUCCACGGCAGUUACACAGGCUUCAACGUGUCUUGCGGUUGA